AUAUGGAUUCCCAUAUAUUAUCUCAAGAACACAGCAAAAACCAUAACCAAAGGCCAUGGAAGAAGCCAUAGUUCUGUACCCGUCACCUCCAAUAGGUCACUUGGUCGCCAUGGUUGAGCUCGGUAAGCUCAUCCUCACCCGAAACCCUACCCUCUCUGUCCACGUCAUCAUCCCUCCCUCCCCUUACCUACCGGAAUCCACCGCCUCUUACAUCUCCGGCGUCUCCUCCGACAUCACCUUCCACCGCCUCCCCGCCGUCACUCUCUCUCCGACCACCGCCGCCAUCGCCACCACUCGCCACCCGCAUGAGUCACUCGUCCUGGAAACUCUCUGUUUCAGUAACCCUAACGUCCAUCGAACCCUUUUCUCCAUCUCCCACGAAUUCAACGUUCGAGCAUUCAUCAUCGAUUUCUUCUGCACCGCCGUGUUAGACAUCGUCUCUGAUUUCGAUUUCCCGGUUUACUACUUCUUCACCUCCGGCGCCGCCUGUCUGGCCUCAUUCUUCCAUCUCCCGACCAUUCACGAGUCCACCGACAAGAACCUUAAAGACAUCGACACGUUUCUUGACAUACCCGGAGUUUCAGGGGUUAAGGGUUCCGACAUGGCCAAGCCAUUGCUCGAACGGGACGACGAGGUCUACCAGUGCUUUGUUACGUUCGCUAAAGAGCUUCCAAACUCGGCCGGAAUCAUCGUGAACACGUUUAAAGAGCUUGAGAACAGAGCAAUCAUGGCGAUAAUGGAGGAAUUCGGUUUGCAUGAGAUUUAUCCGAUCGGACCGCUCAUUGUCGACCGCAGACAAGGAGACAAAGACACGAACGAAGAUUCGUGCUUGAGAUGGUUAGAUUCGCAACCUGAAAAGACAGUCGUGUUCCUGUGUUUCGGGAGCUUAGGCUUGUUCUCUGAGGAACAGUUGAAGGAGAUUGCUGUCGGGUUGGAGAGAAGUGGACAUCGGUUCUUGUGGGUGGUGCGUAAUCCACCCGGUUUACCUAACCGGACUGAACCGGAUUUGGAAUCCCUCUUACCGGAGGGGUUUUUGGACAGAACCGGAGACAGGGGACUGGUCGUGAAAUCGUGGGCUCCUCAGGUUGCGGUGCUGAAUCACAAAGCUGUCGGAGGAUUUGUCACUCAUUGUGGGUGGAAUUCCAUACUCGAAUCCAUUUGCGCCGGUGUUCCAAUGGUGGCAUGGCCAUUGUACGCGGAGCAACAUUUCAACAGAGUAAUAAUGGUGGAAGAAAUCAAGAUCGGUAUACCGAUGAAUGAAUCGAAUUCCGGUUUCGUGAGCUCGAUCGAGGUUGAGAAACGAGUACGUGAGCUGAUGGAGGGUGGUCCGGUCAGGGACCGAACCAAGGCCAUGAAGGCGGCGGCCGAGGCUGCGUUGACCGAGUCCGGUUCGUCUCAUGACUCGUUGACCAAAUUGCUCGACUCUUGGAAGCCCAAAUAACGGCAGAAAUUGUUCAUUUGUUCUAGUAAUUGGUGGUCCUUGUUAUCUUUCAUGUGAUAAAAUCAUUUAAUGAUAGGAAUUAAUUGUCGAAUUAAUAAUACACGGCAAUAGUA